AGGUUAUUUUUAACUGAUGUGAUAAACUUUAUGAAUCAUCAGGUUGAGAGGGAAUCGAAACGCCCCUUUGCUUCUAUGAGACGUAAAGAGUCAUAUACCGAAGUGUUUAAAAGUUUAUGGGCACAAUCUUCAAUAUAUCUAUAA